AUGUCCAAGAUCACAGAACAUGACUCUGAAAAUAUGAAUCUCGAGGAUGAGCUUCGUAGAUGCACGCUUUUGGUGGAACGUUACCUGCAAGGGCUAUUAAGUGCGGCGUACUACGUUUAUUUCCACAAGAGAAAUGCCAGCAAGGAGCACGAAAAGAGCAAGAUGUUUGCCGAGAUCCGAGAUACAACGUAUGAGCUGGCAGUGCAGACUGAAAAAGUGGGACGCGAGUCAUGGGAGCAGCUGGGACCUGCCGGGGUGAAAGCUCUGCUGAGUCGUCAUUUUUUGCGCCAGCUAUGCUACUGUUCACACAGCGUUCUGGGAGAGCUGCACCAGAUUCUGACACACGAGCUGCGAGGCAAGGACGACUACGAGGAGCCUGCACCUUUAAAAACAGUACCGAAUCUGAUGCGCAACUGUGUUCUCGGUUUCGUCCAGAUAUACCAUUUUGUGCGGAAACUGCCGUUCCAGCAACAAUACUCGAUAUCUGCGCUGCAAACGCAGGUGCUCGACAAAGAGCUGAGAACCGACCUAUUACAGCCCUGGGCUCGCCAAGUUGAUUUUUUGCACACCACUAUUGGCUGGUGUCUACUGUCGGACGCGCAUUUCCAGGAUAAAUUGGACGAGUUCAAGCAACACCACGAAUGCCGGGGAAACGAGUCCGUUCUCGAUUCGUGGCUGCUCAACGAAAUGCGCAAGGAGUACUGA